CUGGAAAAUGGAGUUGCGAUAGUGCUGCCUCUAGCUAGUGAUUGCGUAAUGUUGAAGGAUUUUUCGGGACUUGUCGGUCCUGUCGAGAUUUGCCAGUCUGCUAUGUUCAGAGUAUACUUGUUGCACGCGGUGAAGUGUUGGAUCGGUGGUUGGCCGAAGAGGGAAGAAAGGGGACAGAGACAAGAGUAGCGAAAGAUUCUUCUUACGUUAACGUGGGACUUCGCGAGCUUUCCGCAAGCUAGUGAGCGCGUCUCGAUCAAUUAGCAUAUGCCACUUCCUAGCGGGAAUUUUGUUUCACUGAUUGAAUAAAGUAAGAGGCCGCCUGUCUAACCUAUAUUCUAAAUUCUGUCAUGGAUCCUAAAUGCGGGGUAGGGUAAGGAGGGCUGUAUCCAUGAAUCUCCUCCUCUUUUUGACAGCUAAAAAUACAGUUUUUGAAGGAACGACCAUAACAUCGUAUACCUUGACUAUUUCGGACACAAUACAUCACGCACGCAUCUUGAUUCGUUCACGUAUUUUUGCCUCAUAAAAUGCGCGCUUUUUCAUUUCUCGUUGUAUCAUGUGUUUCUGUACGAGUUGCGAUUAAUUAUAUUUGUAUUGAUAACUACUUCCCAUUUGAUGUAAUAUUCUAUUGCCUAUCCUCUGAUGUAAUGAGUUUUUGAGUAGACCAUAAUGCUGAGUAACAAAUAGUUUGAACGUACUUUAAUAUUAUUUCAUUAUUACAUGAUAAAAUAUGAUAAAGGAUAUACAACAUGUCACUUGUCACAGUUUGUGUAGUUUGUGUUUUAUGUGCUGCACAUACUCCAUGUUCAGCACACACUGAAUUCUCAACAACAGGACAGACGACUUAUAAUUCAGUUAACUCUGAGAAGCAGCUAGGACCUCAUGAACAAUUACAACCAUCUUGGUUAUUAAUAAAAUCUAAAGAAACACAGCAAAAGGAUGUGAGAAAAUUAAAUUUAAAUAAUUUUGCUUACAAUAAUGGUGCUGUUAAAUUUUCUAAUGUAUUGGAUACAAAUAGCAGAAGCAAAACUACUUCAUUGGUACCAAAUGAAAUCUAUACUAAACACGAAAAUCCAGGAAAUGUAAAGGUUAAUGAAAAUAUUGAAAAUAGCGAUAAUCCAAUGGCAAAGAAAGAUCCUGAAACUUUGAAGGAUAUAGAAAUAUUAGAAAGGCUAGGCCAAAUUGAAAUCAUGUACAAUAGUGAAUUAAAUGCAGCACAAUUUAACAAAGAUCAAAAUCCUCUUAACAGGAUUAGAACAAAAAGAAAUGUAGAUAUUAUAGAUGAAAAAUAUUUCAUGAAAAAGAUUUUUGAAGCUUAUGGAGAUGGUACAAGCAUAACCAUGGAAGGUUUUGAAAAAUUGUUAAAAAAAUUAGGACUAUUAAGAUUAUUGACAGAUGCAUCAAAUUUAGAAAAUCAUAAUAUUAUUACUAGUCAGAAUAAAAAUCCACUGGACAAGUCAAAGAAUUUACAAAAUAAUGGCCUACCAGAAUAUGAAAAUGCAGUUAAAAAAGAAAGGUGCUUAAGUAGUAAAGAAUUAUUAAGUACUGUUGCAAGCGAUAUGCCAUAUGUUGCUAAUAAUAAUUCAACAUUACCAAGUUGGCUUUUUGAACGCGUGUGUCCAGCUCUUGUUUAUCAACUAGCAGGUGAAUCAAGUUCAGAGAGAAAUGGAUGUAUUCGUGUACCCGAGAAUUAUAAACUAAUAAAAAUUAAUAAAUAUGGAGAAGACAUCACUCGCAAUAUGGUUCAAGUGUGGGCCUAUUCAACAAUCAGUAUUCUAAUAAUCAGUCUCUGUGGUUUACUUGGGGUAGCUGUUAUACCUUUCAUGGGUAAAAUUUAUUAUCAUCAGUUAUUACAAUUUUUAGUUGCUCUUGCUGUAGGAACAUUAUGUGGUGAUGCUCUCAUUCAUCUUUUACCACAUGCAAUGAUGUCACAUCAUACUCAUGAACAUAUUCAUAAUGAUCAUGUUGAAGUAGAUUUUAAAGAAGAACAUAAUAUGAAUAUGUGGAAAGGGCUUAUUGCAAUGAUGGGUCUUGCUUUAUUUUUUUUCACGGAGAAAGCUUUAACGAUGUUAGCAGAAUGGAGAAAACUUCGACAACGUCGUAACAAACUUCCGUCACGUGUUCGAGUUAUGAGAGAAACUGAUGGACCAAACAGUAAUGUUGUUGGAGAAAAACUUUGCAAACACAAAUAUUCAUCAUAUCCAUAUUGUUAUGGAGAAAUUAGCACAGAUCAAGAUAAUCAUCAUAAUCGCCAACAUAAUAAUCAUGAAAAGCCUCCUGUGAUUGAAGAGGAAAAACCAUUAACAUCAAACUGCAAUUCAGUUUCAAAAAUUAUGACAAAUGAUGUGGAGAAGAAACCAAGCGAAGAUUGGAGAUUAGACGAUUCAAUUGUAAAUACUAAGAAAAAUGCGGAUGGUGCAGAUAUACCUUUAAAUGAAUCAGAAAGUUAUACUGUUAUUAUACGCGAACAUGAAAUGAAACAUCACGGUCAUACUCAUUCACAUGGUCAUGUUCAUUCUGCGCCUGAAUCUAUGUCUAGUGUUGCUUGGAUGGUAGUAAUGGGUGAUGGUUUGCAUAACUUUACAGAUGGUAUGGCUAUAGGCGCCGCCUUUUCGGCAAAUAUAGCAGGUGGUUUCUCCACGGCAAUAGCUGUAUUUUGCCACGAAUUACCUCAUGAAAUAGGAGAUUUUGCAGUUUUGUUAAAAGCCGGUAUGAGUGCUAAACAGGCUGUUUUCUAUAAUUUGUUAUCUUCCGUACUUUGUUUGUUCGGUAUGAUAUUUGGUGUAUUAUUAGGGAGCACUCCUGCUAUAAGUAGUUGGAUGUUUGCAGCUGCUGCAGGAAUGUUUAUAUAUAUAGCAUUAGUAGAUAUGAUUCCAGAAUUAUCUUCAAGUCACUCUGUGGAGCGUAGCUCUCAAUGGCAGUGUAUUUUACAAGCGUUAGGGCUAUUAUGUGGCCUUGGAAUAAUGUUAAUUAUAGCGCUCUAUGAACACGAUCUGAAAAAUAUAUUCAGCGAUUAAAUUUGCAAAGACUGACAACUUUUUUGAACGAUGGUAAGCUUGCAGUACUUCCUAGAUCUAUAUUUACAGUCAACAAUUAAGUCAAUAAAACUUUGACUGUGCAUUCUUACCGAAACAAUAUUUACUGUUACUAUGACAUAAACAAUUUACUUUUUCUUCUUCUUACAUUUAGCAUAAGAUUUCUUAUCGAUAACAACAUAGUUUGUUGUUAAAUACUUAAGAAGGUACUAUAAUGGAAUAAAUGCUAAAUGUUUUACAAUACUAAGAAUAUUCCGUGCACAAGAAAAAAUGAGCUAAACAACUUGAAGAAAGUUAGAUAAUUCAAAUGCAACGACAAUAUUUGAAGUAUACUUAUUAAAAAUUAUAUUUGAGAUAUUGCGUUCUUUGAAAAUAAUAAAAACAGUCAGAAUUCAGGCAUAAAAUUUCAGCGUUUUGCAAUUUACUUGAUAGAUUAUUAUAAAAAUAGAUAAUUGUAGUCAAUUUUUACUGGAUAGUUUUUGAUAUUUUAUUACUAAAAAUCACAUCAACUGUGAAAAUGCCAUGCAGUUCUUUCUUCUAAGUUUAUUAAUAGUAAAUGAUACUUGGAUUACAUUAUUGUAAAAAAAUGAGAAAUGUAAUAUUAAAGUUGAUAUAAAAAGAAAUUGUGUACAAAAACUGAGUAGCUAUUAUUUUAUUGACACAUUUAUUUUAAUUAAAAUAUUUUUAGUUUGAUUUACCUGACUCUCUACAAAUAUGAUUGUUUUGAUUUUAUAUUUAGAUAACAAAUCAGUAUGAAUGUGUAUUGUCUGUUAUGACAAUUGUGCGUUGAAUAAUUAAAAUCUAAAUUAUCUUUUUAGUUAUUAGACGCCUGGCAUUUACAUGAUAUGUAUGUGUUUUAUAAUUAUCAAUGUAUCAAUGUCUAAGUUUAAUUGUGAUAUAUUUAAUAUUCUUUAUUUUGAUAUAAUAAUUCAGAUAAAUACUGCUUCAGAUAAAUACUUUGUAAUUGAAUCAAUGUUAUACAUAAUUCUACCAUAAAUGUAUUACUAUAAAAGUUAACAAAGUGCUCCAUAUGCUUUAUGAUAAUUUUAAGUUGGAAUAGAUAUAUAUUAGUUGAAUAAUAAGAUAAAAAAAAGCAGUGUUAUCAAAUUAUUUACGAAAUGAUAGAAAAUUAGAUACUUAUUGAUCAUAAAUGCAUUUUAAACUAUUAUAAAAAUAUUUGUUCUUUGGUGCUUAUUUCUUUCAAGUUGUUUUAUUACAAUUAUUUUUCAUUUGCACAAAGUUUUAAAAGUUAUACCACAAAGAGAGUGCAUAUAUUUAAAUUCUUGUUUCAAUAACUAACAAAUAAUAUGGUGAUUACUGAUAAUGUCACAGCAUAUUCUAGUUUUAUGUAACUAUAAUUAAGCUUGUGCACAAAGUAAAUUCUUCAA